AUGGCUAUGCGCAACGUCGGUGUGAAGACUAGCCAAAUCAUGGACUAUAUGGUAAAUCAAUCCGGGUCUUAUGAGAAUGUUGGUUUCAUCCAUACGGAUCUGCACAACCAUAUUCAAGCCGAACGUAGAGCAGAAGUUGAGGAUGGUGAUGCGCAGGCUAAUGAGACAAUUGAUACAUACACAUGGGUUUUGGAAACAUUUACGGAGGCGAUGGGCAAUAAAGCACCUGUGUCUGUACUGACAGAUGGGGAUAAGGCGAUGCGAGAGGCAAUCAGAAGAGUAUUUCCAGACGCAAGACAUCGAUUAUGUAAUUGGCAUGUUGGGAAAAAUGUUGUUUCAAAUGUUCACAAAAGUGGUUUUGCACAUGCUUUCAAGCAGUGCAUGGACAUGGAAACGGAUGAGACAAAGUUUGAGCAUGGCUGGACGACAAUAGUCGAAAAAUUUGGACUUCAAACCAACAGUUGGGUGUUGGAGACACAUGAGAAGCGUCAUAUGUUGGCUGAGCCAUAUAUGCGUGGACAUUUCUUUGCUGGGAUGAAGAGCACUCAGCGCUCGGAGAGUAUGAAUGCUUAUUUUAGUCCCUUCCUCCAACACAAAUUGAAGUUAUAUGAAUUUUUUAGGCACUAUGAUCGGGCUCUUGCAAGGAUAAGGUAUAAUGAGGCUGGAGAUGAUGCUGAAACAAAUAACACUUUUCCGAAAUGCUACUAUAUUCAUAAGUACAAAGUGAAGGAUAGAUCAUGGAUAGUAACACAUAGUCCAGUGGAUGCUGCAAUGAGAUGUUCUUGCAUGAAGUUUGAGUCGUUGGGGCUACCUUGCUGUCACAUGAUAUAUGUUAUGAAAGCCGAAAAUUUAACGCAAAUUCCCUCAACUUGUGUGCUGCAUAGAUGGAUAAGGGCUGCAAGUAAGGAUGGCCAGCAAUGGCCUCAACCCUCAAUUGAUAGCACUACAACACAAACGGCCCGGUAUGGGAUAUUGAGUUCUUCCUACAAUGAAAUGUGUUUCUAUGCCUCGCAAUCAACGGAAGGUUUCAAAGAGGCUAGGGAUGCAUGUCUUUCGAUGACGAGCCGGAUGAAGAAGUUAUAUGAGAGGAAUCUGAACGAUGGGAAUGGAAACAAAGGGAAACAUUCAUUCCCUCGACAAUUUGGAGUAGAAAAUUCUAAUGUUGUGAAGACAAAAGGAAACCCGGAACGGGCCUCGUCCAACUGUCGAAGACUAAGAAAAUGGAUUACUGCCUCCAUGCCGCUGCGUAAGGUCGUACUUCCCGAACAACAACAAGGUGGUCGCCGAGCUACCUUGUCUCUUACCUCGGCAUGGACAUCAUCUGUGUCUUUCAAAGGCCAAGUUGUGACGAUGGCGAACUCCAUUUGUGUGGAGAAAGACUAUCUGCUGGCUUUCAACUUAGCCAAGAAUGUCUCCUUGCUCGCUGAUAUGGAGCACCAUGCACACUUGACUGAGCUGAAGGCAAUACGAACCAUGUAA